AUCACAUGGCUGUGGGGUGGGGGAGAGAUGGAACGGUUGCUCAUCAGGCAGCUGUUUCUCCAUCACGCUCCCCUGACUAGUAAAGUAGGGAACUAGCCAGUCCCCCCCCCGACCCCCACCCCUAGUCACUGCCUGAUAAAAAUGUUUCCCGUCAAAGCAGACGUGUUUCAGCUACUCGCAGGAGAACACCCAGAGAGGUUCUGAGCGGCGCAUCAAGUUUUUGUUCAGAAGGUCGAUGAAAGAGAACAGACAAUGAGCUUCCUGUACCUCUUGGGGCUCCUCCUGGCAGCCCCUGCGUGCCUCCAUGCCCGCUCUUCGCUGCACUUCAUUGCCGUGGGAGACUGGGGAGGGAAGCCCAUAUCCCCCUUCCACACAGACCGUGAGGUAGCUGUUGCUGAGGAGAUGGCAGCCACAGUCUCAGCCUUGGGGGCUGAGUUCAUCUUGUCCCUCGGAGACAACUUCUACUACACUGGAGUGAAUGACCUGUACGACAAACGAUUCCAGGAGACCUUUGAGACCGUCUUCCAGGCACCCGCAUUACGCAACGUGCCCUGGUAUGUCAUCGCUGGAAACCACGACCAUUUGGGGAAUGUCUCUGCCCAGAUUGCCUACAGCAAGGUCUCAAAACGUUGGCGUUUCCCCAAAUACUACUACAAGCUGAGGUUCAAGGUGCCCGGCAGCGAUGCUACUGUCGCCAUCCUCAUGAUCGACACGGUGACUAUCUGUGGCAAUUCCAAUGACUUCCAAAGUGAGCAGCCGCUAGGCCCCCAGGAUGCGGGAGUGGCCCGUAGUCAGCUGUCCUGGCUGCGCAAGCAGAUGGCCAAGUCCAAGGACGAUUAUCUGCUGGUUGCCGGGCACUACCCGGUAUGGUCUGUGGGGAGACAUGGCCCGACCACAUGUUUGGUCAAGCUACUCCAACCACUGCUGCAGCAAUACAAGGCCACAGCCUACUUGUGUGGCCACGAUCACAACCUGCAGUACUUGGAGGACAAAGCCGGAGUGGGCUACGUGCUAAGCGGAGCAGGCAAUUUCAUGGAUAACUCCACGAAAAAUCUCCCUUCGGUCCCUGCCGGUUACCUGCGUUUCUUCUACGGCCAGACUUCUUCUCUGGGAGGAUUUGCCUACAUCAAGAUUGAUGGCAAAGAGAUGAGCGUUACCUACCUUGACAGCAAACGCAGGUCACUCUACAAGACCUCGUUGCCCCGGAGGAGACUGCACUGAGGUGGGACAGCCUCUGCUACCCGGACUCAAAGACAAGGGCGUCACUGGCCCCGCGGCACAGUUUGCUCUUUCCACCUGGCCCGGGAAUGGGACUAGCUUGAGAGAACUCUGGUCGCCUGUCUUUGAGGGGGGCGUUUCCCCACACAAUGCCACAGCAUACAAAUCAGCUGCAGGUCCAUGUUGCCACACCGCUGCUGUCACCUCAAAUGCAAGCUUCCUUUGAACCCCUGUCAUCUCCUCCCCCCACCAUGGGUCACAACAUGUCAAGAGGGGAGCAGCAGUGGUGUAGUGGCUAAGAGCAGUGGCUAAGAGCAGGUGCACUCUGAUCU